AUGUUAAUUCAGAAAGCAAUCAACUCCUAUUUCUUGAACAAAUUCCUCAUCAUCUGUGUCAUCUACGUGUUGCUUUCACCUCAGGCCAAUGCCCAGACAAUCGACUCUCAGUCUAACACGACCGAUGUUACUGAAGGACUUCCAGCUUCGCCUCAGGCAAAACUUCAAACUCAGCCAUUUGUUCUCAAUGACACAACGACCCUUUCUAGCAAUUCAAGUGGGACUUCGCUACACGAUAAUCAAAAUCAAUCAGCUUCAAGGGAUCAAGAUCCGGUCAAGAAUCGCGACGCCAUGAAUCUGAAUAACCACAUAAACUCAGACAACCUGACCAUUGCCAAAAACCAACACAUGAACAACCUUGCAGAAUUUAGCUCCUCUGAGAUACCCUUGCACACCCAAAUCACGGUUCCUUUCUCAAUCCUGGGCGCGAUUUUAAUUGUUAGUGGCGCUCCAAUGUGCUUUUGGGGCGGUCGGAAUAGGUGGUCAAGUUACUUUUUAACCGCUGCUUACACGGCCGCUGUGAUUGUGAUGAUCCCGAUCUUAAGGUUUGGUGUGAUUGAGCAAGAUCAUAGCCCAAAUAAUGUUGUUCAAGGUAUUUUUGUCUUGGUUUGUGUGGUCUCGGCCAUCGGUGCGGGAGCAAUAGGUGUGAUAUUUUGGAAGGGUACUAGGUUCAUUGUAGGAGCUGGCGGCGGGUUUGUUAUCAGCUUAUUUAUACUUUCACUCCACAGUAACUCGUUGAUUAAACCUAUCGGGCUACGAUGGAUCUUGAUUUUGGGUUGCAUUGCCCUCGGUUUCGUUUUGGCCACAAUACCGGCGAUCGCCAUCCAUGUCACACUCUUUGCCACGGCGGCCAUGGGCGCUGCCGUUGUUGUCUUAGGAAUCGACUGCUUUACAACUGGUGGUCUGAAAGAAUUUUGGUUGUACAAUGUCGGAUUUGGAGCUCUGUUUCCUCGUCUGAAUUACUUUCCUUUCACCGUUACAAUCCAAGCUGAGCUUGGAGUAAUGGCAGCCCUAUUUUUAAUGGGUGCAGCGGUCCAGUGGAGGUUAUUAGAAAUUAUCAUGAAAAAGAUUCAUGAGCUCAAGCAACUUGACCGGGACAGAAAGCUGGAAGAAGAAGCGGCCGCCUACAGACAAUCGAUGUUACUUGAUGCGGACCUUGCGCUCUGGGAGAAACGACACGGCGAUGACGACGAGCGAACAUCCAUGAGGAUGAGUAACAUCCCCAACAGCCCCAUCCAGGAAAAUUUCCAGCGACCCACAUCCAAGGCUUAUUCCCAGCGUCGCAGCUCCAAAACUAUUUCUCAUCGCCACAGCUCUCGGCUCUCGUAUGAGCUUGUUCCAAGGCUCUCAGAUCCAUUUGCGCCACCACCACCUCAACCACACUACCAAUCUGUUGCCCGUCGAUCAUUCGAUGGCCUUCCAGCAAUUGACGUUGGAACUCAUUUAGAGGUUUAA